UUUGCGUCCAGGGUCGGGUUUUCCGCGCUUGCACAUCUACUGUACUUGUUUCCUUACUACUAUACAUUUAAUAUGCAAGCAACACGGGAUUGCCUGAUUGUUUUUCUUCAUUUCAAUCCUGACCUGGAUGUGUCCCGCAACAAAUUAUUAUUUUAAAACGACAUUGUAUUUUGUUUUAGAGGCACGAAUUAGUUAACAGUGUGAAGGUGAAGAAAUGCACGCGGAUAAUUCUACGGUAGGCUACUGUUGUAGCACUUGCAUAAUCAACAUAAAUAUGUGCAUGCGGAGCUCCAACUAAGCUAUUUUCAAACCAACUUGACGAGGAAACUAUACAAGCACGAUAUGCUGUAUUGCUAUCGUAACCGCUUGACUUACAGAUGAAGCAGGUUACCGGUGUUUCAUUUUUCGGAAGACUAGUGAAUGGAAAGGAUGCAGCUUUUUAGUUCGUUUUGCAGUUUGUCUCUUGGAAUUAGAAGAGGAUACCCUGGAAAGAAAGGGUACUGGGGUAAACGACGAUGAGAAUAUAGAAUUUGAUAGCGCACAAUGGAUACGUAUCUGACUGUAAGGUUUUUUUCUGUCUGCAAGGAGGCUUUAUCCAGCAACCGGCUUUGUUUACAAAAUUGCAGCUCACAUUAGGGGUGGGAUUUAUUGCUACCUAAUGCCAUCGAGAACCUUGAUAUAUCUGUGGAUGAGGCUGAAUCAUCCACAACAGACACCAUUGACUUUUAAGCUCUUACAAACCGGGCAGUUUUGGAAACCUUAAAUGUCCCCAAAGAAACUGGAAGAAGAGGUAGAGCCCAUGGGGACCAAACAGACAACUCUCAAUUAUCUGAAAUAGUAAGCUGAUGAGUUGGAACUGGGCUUCAUCACUGGCCAGGAGGAGAAGUCACCUUGCAGCAUUCAUCUUAGGGAGGAGAAAGGGAGACAUUUGAUUGGUUCUUGCCUGGAGGGAGAAGACAAGAUGACCCAGAGGUUGUUACCUGUGACAGCAGAAUGUGUGACAAUAGAAGAUUAGGACAUCGUUUUGGGAAUGAGGUUUUGAAACAGGAUGCCAGCUCCAUUUUUGCCAUAAAAGGAGUAUGAGACCAAACACCGGAACUAAACCACGUUGCAUCUAGUGCAAUCUCACUUUGCUGGCUCUUUGUCUGGAGCUCAAGGUGUGAAUUCAGUUGUGGCUCCUUUGUCUGGAAGCUCGAGGUGUGAACUCAUCAACUGUGAAUGCUCUGCGUUGGGAGUGUAUUGUGGACCCUAUGGCAGAAAACCACACAAUAUAGUCCCUGUGUAUGAUCUACAAUGGACAAAGUGCUCAGCAGUCUCCUGCUUUUGGGAACCGCAGUGAUGAUGGCACAUGCAUGCCCCAAAUACUGUGUCUGCCAGAACCUCUCAGAGUCCUUGGGUACACUCUGUCCAUCCAAAGGCCUCCUCUUUGUGCCUUUGGAUAUUGACCGUCGGACCGUAGAACUCCGUCUGGGUGGCAACUUUAUCCUCAAGGUCACACCACAGGACUUUGCCAAUAUGACAGGGCUUGUGGACCUCACCUUGUCCCGCAACACCAUUAGCACCAUACAGCCUUUUUCCUUCCUCGACCUGGAGACUCUGCGCUCUCUGCACCUGGACAGUAACCGGCUGACCGAGCUGGGUCCCGAUGACCUACGGGGCCUAGUAAACUUGCAGCACCUCAUCCUGAACAAUAACCAGCUCAACCGCAUCUCCAAGAUGGCUUUUGACGAUGUGAUGCUGACACUGGAAGACCUGGACCUAUCCUACAACAACUUGCGAGGUGUGCCUUGGGAGUCUAUCCGCAAGAUGGUCAACCUCCACCAGUUGAGCUUGGAUCAUAACCUCAUUGCUCACAUCACAGAGGGGACGUUUACAAACCUGGACAAGCUGGCACGUUUGGACCUCACCUCCAACCGGCUACAGAAGCUCCCGCCAGACCCCAUCUUUGCCCGUUCCCAGACUAAUGUAAUUCUGAGCACUCCCUACUCCCCUCAGCUUUCCUUGAGCUUUGGGGGAAACCCCCUGCACUGCAACUGUGAAGUGCUUUGGCUCCGGAGACUAAAUCGCGAGGACGAUAUGGAGACCUGUGCUUCCCCCCCAAUUUUAAAAGGCCGUUACUUCUGGUAUGUGCGGGAGGAGGAGUUUGUCUGUGAACCACCCUUGAUCACCCAACAUACGCACAAGCUGUUAGUGCUGGAGGGCCAAACAGCCAGUCUGCGCUGCAAAGCUGUAGGCGACCCGAUGCCGCUUAUACACUGGGUCGCCCCAGAUGACCGCUUGAUUGGCAAUUCGUCCCGAGCAACAGUGCAUGAGAACGGAACCCUGGAUAUUACUAUUACCACAUCAAAGGAUUAUGGCACUUUCACCUGCAUAGCAGCAAACGCUGCAGGGGAAACCACUGCGUCUAUAGAGCUAUCCAUCAUUCAACUCCCACACCUUAGCAAUGGUACCAACCGCACUGCACAGCCCAAAUCCAGGCUGUCGGACAUCACCAGCUCUACCAAAACUAGUAAGGGGGAGUCCAAACCUGCGCUGGAAAAGGUGGUAUCUGUAUCUGAGGUAUCUGCAUCCUCUGCUCUGAUAAAGUGGACUGUUAUCAAAACAGCACCCAAAGUCAAGAUGUAUCAGCUCCAGUAUAACUGCUCAGAGGAUGAAGUCCUGAUUUACAGAAUGAUUCCUGUGGCUAGCAAAGCCUUCUUGGUUACCAACCUGGUCCAAGGGAUGCAGUACGACCUAUGUGUCUUGGCUAUCUGGGACGACACUGCCACCACACUAACUGCCACCAAUGUGGUGGGCUGUGUACAGUUCAUCACCCGGGAUGACUACCCGGAGUGCCUGUCCUUGCACAGCCAGUUCCUGGGUGGCACCAUGAUCCUGGUGAUCGGCGGCAUCAUUGUAGUCACACUCCUAGUUUUCAUUGUCAUCCUCAUGGUUCGUUACAAAGUGUGCAGCAGCAGCCAGUCCAGCAAGCUUCCAGUGGUGAGCAACACAUGCUCGCAGACCAACGGAGGCUUGAACCGACUCAACUGUGCCCCGCCGCCACAGGUCAAGCCUCAGGCCACGACCACAGUGGUGGUGAUGCGGGACGAGGUGGUGGAGUUCAAAUGCGGCUCUCUCCAAAGCAGCCUCUCAUCAUCGUCAUCUGACUCACUGGAUAGUUACAAGGCCAGAGGCAGAUUAAGAGAUCGAGACCGGUACAGCCUUCAGGAAAGUGAGUGCAGUAUGCUCCCAAGCACUAGUAAGUGGAGGAGGCACGCGGGUCAAUCAUCAGCCAAGGCCAGGCCCAACUUGGACAAUCUUUUAGGGGCCUUUGCCACACUGGAGCUCCGUAGCUCAGCUAUGAUUAGGGACCAGGGUGCAUCUUGUUCCUCCACCACCAGUUCUAGUGCAAUGGUUGCCGUGACCACGGCCCCUCCAUCUGACAAGGAGCCCUUGCUGGGCCGGGCUGAGUCCACAACCAGGCUGGGGCGUUUUUUAGGCCUGCCUCAGGAAGGAAAGCCUAAGAGGAGCCACUCAUUUGACUACGGUCAUGUGGGCAGUAGCGGUGGAGCGCAGAACCUCAGCAGUUACCCUCGCCGCAUCAGCAACAUCUGGACUAAGAGGAGCCUGUCGGUCAAUGGGAUGCUACUGCAGUUCAAUGACAAUGUCGAGGGUUACGGUGAAAAGGCAUCAUUUGAGAGCUCUGAGUGGGUGAUGGAGAGCACAGUGUGAGGACAGGUUUCUUUUAGACAUGGAGGUCAAAAGACAAACAGACUUCACAGAAGGAACACAUUUUCUGAAAAGUGUGUUGGAAGGAUAACUCUGGGGCAUCAACAGUGUUGUUCUGCAUGACAUUCAUCCAUGUGAAUAUUAUCGUCCUUUCUUUCCAUGUUAUUUUACCGAAAAACAAACACUCAGGUUGCUGGUUCUUAAGUCCAUACAAAUGGACAAUGACAGGGUUGGACACGCCAUCAAUACUCAACCGUAUUUGAAAACAUUGGGCAUUACAGAAUGAGGCCUAUGUGGUGUAUUGCCUAAACUGCUGGGAAUGAAUUUGGGUGUAUCUUGAAAAAACAGGGAAAAUAAAUGCGAGGAAUUCAAAGUGGAUUUUCCUCAUUAAUCUAUCAAGCUCGUUUGCCAAGGGGAUUUACCCCAACUGGGAAAGUGGAUGUGUAUCACAAUGAUUUAGACUCUCAGCAUGACAGUUGGACUACUUUAGUAGAAGCAACAAGGGAGCAAAUAUGUAACAAAAAUGCAUUUUCUGUUUCCCUUAGUUUUUUUAAUACUUUUUGAUAUUUAUUUGAGAUGUCAUUCAGAGUUCUACUUUAUGCGUGAAGAAACAUUAUAUGUUAUGGUCAAUCAAGAAAAGAUAUACUAUAUAUUUAACCAGUCCCUCAGAAAUUAAACAUUACUGCCCUGUUUCUAUUUUGACAUGAUCAUAAAGGAUAUCUUAAAUGUAAUCCAUCUAAUAAUCCUGGUUAUUAAUUUUAAAACAUCAAUGGUUGUUUCAUUAGAGACAUUGUGAAAAUUCAAUAUGUAGAGUUGACUUUAAACAAAUGUUUAUUUUUUUUACUCCUGUUCCACACAACAUUAACGUACAAUACUUUCUGAACCACUGAUUGUCUGGAAAUGUGUGGGUUUGUGUUGGUACAGAGUGAAUACUUAGUGAGAUCCUACACAGUUUCAAAUAAUAUAAUCUUUGCUGUAAUUCAACUUAUGAAAAACAGAGUGAGUACAAAAGGGAAAAAGAAUGAUACAGUCCCUAGUGGAAGUCUAUAUACUCCUUUCAAAGUGUUUGUAAUUUUCUGCCAUAAAAUGUAAUCUAAUUGAGAUACAAUAUGGUUUUCUCCCCAAAAAUUUCUACAUAUUCAAAGUUAAAGGCAUAUAACAAAUUCAAAGUUAUCUAACAGGUAAUAAAAAAAGAUAGCAUAUUGUGAGGCCUAUGUCCUUUUUAAUCAAAGGUAUAGUUCACCCAUGCAGUACUGUAUGUGGGCCCAAGAUGUGAGCUUUGAACAUGUUUUGUUCCCCUCAUUGUUGGGGUGGUGGCACCCUCCAGUGACUUGGUGACAAGGGUGAUACUGCCCUGUUGCUCAAAGUGAUUUGCACUUCUGUUACACCAUUGGUAGGACACCCUUUACACAAGUGAUUAUAAAAAGAGUGACAAACAAUGCAAACAAUUCAAGUGGGAAUGAUUUUACUUUGGACUUUCUGCCUGUCAUGCAGGUGUGGUGGCAUUAUUGUGACACAAGGCUGCAAACAUCAGUUUGCUCUGUGUAACCCCCAAUUAGGAGUUAAUAGCAUAAUCCAUUUUAUGCUUUGUCCCAAAUGACCCAUAUAUCCUGGGGAGUUGUAUUUGCAUUCUGAUAUAGCAUGGAAAGAUAUGGCUAUAGUAACAGUGGUGGCAAAGGAUCUUGUCCAGGUGUGCCUAGGGAGCAGGUUUCCAUGCAAACUUGCACCCACGAUCAGUUGGUGAUGAAAAUGUUCCCUUUCACCACUUUCUGGUGGACAUCCCAAAGUAUCUAAAGGAGUUUCUGGAGCAGGACCGUCUUUCUUUACUGUUAACAUUCAGCUCCCUGCUAUUGAACAUGUGGGUUUUGGCGGAUCAACCCCAGGGGUGCAUCCCUCGAUUGUGGCCGGGCACACUCUGUGAAACUCCAUUAGCUCUUGGAGUCAAGUGAUUUUCACAUUCUUUUGAAGCAGUGUUGUUCUGAUUUUUUUUUUUAGAACGGAUAGAACUAUGGACAAAGAAAAGCCCAGGUAAAACAUUUGAGGGAAGAAUAUCCUCAGUUCACUCUGAAAGCCUAAAUCUGGUAUGUAGUUCUGGUUUUCCACUGGACUAUUAUACUUGUUUUAAGACACCAGAAUGAGGUGUUGUUUUCCUGAAAAAUGGCAAUGUUACACAGGAACAAAAAGCAAAAACAAAGACCAACAAGAUACACUAGGAAAGGAGGAACUUGAAUAGGGACAGUGAUCAGGAGCACAUGUGGUGGCAAUGACAAGAAACAGAUGUCCAAGCUCUUAAUGAGGGAGAGAGGGCGUUGGAAGUGAAAAUUGUGCAAUGUUCAUAGAAUCUUAGUCAAAAUUAUUCAUAGCUGCAAUGGCUGCCAAAGAUGCUUCCAACAGUUCUUAACCUUAGAAGAUGUUGAGGUUAUGUAAACCAAUCUGAAGGUUGUGGAAAGCCUUUGUAGACUUUCCCUAGUGACUGUAUUUAUCUGCAAAUGUAUAAAUGAUUAUACAGUGAUACUCAGAACCAUGUUGGUUUGUUUAAGUUAAGAUAUAAACGUCUGAAUUUAUUUUAUUAAUUUGGAUUUUGUUUUAUUGUCGUUUCAUCCUCAGUGGAUGGAAAUAUUAGCUUAAUGUCCCCAUAUUACUUUUAAGUAUUCUGCUGCAUAUUAACUUGAUGAUUUAUAAAAUGACUUUCUAUCUGAAUGACUGCUUAUGAUCAACUCAUAGUAAUGAGUCCUCUCUAGCAUUGUGUGCAGAUUCUGAUGCCUUUUAAUGUUGUUUUUCUGUCUCUCUGCUGCAUUGCUUGCAGUAUACUUUUUUCUCCACAUUUUGUAUAUUUUUUUUUAUAAUUACUUCUCUUGGUGUUUACUGUGCUCUAUAUCGGCAUUUUUUGUACAAUAACUAUGGGUGAGAAUGUAAAAGGAGAAACUGUGCAGUGGUCCUUUUUUUUCUUGUUCAUCAAAAGUGAGAAGGUAAUUGACCAUGACAACAUGGGAUGUGCUUAGUUGGCGCAAUGGAAGGUAAUGUUGUGCAAAUAAAAGAAUAUUGUAACUAUUCAAAAUGGUCACUUUAACAUGAUAUUGAUUAAUAGACUGAAAAUAACAUAAUACAGUAUUUCUGGACCACUUUAAAGAAAGAAAGUGUUAUGAAAUUCACAUAACAUUCACAUUAAAUAAAGUGGUGUAUGUUAUAGAUUUUAUAUAACAACAUUUAUGUUGCAAGCUUACUUUCCAUUUUGCCAAUAAGGAACAACCUGUGUACUUGACCCACCUGAGGUUAAAGAAAAGAGAGGAAAAAAUGUGUUUAAAGAUUUUUGCUACAAAAUAAGAUAAAAUAUGAAAAAUACUUAUGAAUCAAAUUAUUUGUAUUUUUGUGUUUAGAUUGCUUCAAAAAAAAAAAAAAGAAUAGUUUUCCUCUUAACAAGUCUGAGGCAUGCAAUUACUUACUUGGAGCUAGAUCUAUUGUGCCUCCACAAUUAACAGGACAUUUAACUAACAAUAAUUAUUCUGAAUUUACUAAAACUAUAUUGCACGGACAUAACCGUUAUGAUGGCUCCUGAUCUAGCCAAAGGGAAAAUAUUUUGCAAGUGAACCAUGUGAUUUGUUCAGUGCUAUGACUGUGACAAUUGAAUGCAUUUUCAUUAACCUGAUGUUAAGUCAUUCCUCAUCCUGUUAUAAGUCUGAUAAGUAAUACAUGGUUCACUUAUCUUUAAAAGUCUUAAUAAACUUCAGCAAAUUCGGGCCAACAAU